UUAUGGGACUCCAAACUACAAGCUGACAAAAAAGUUAGGGUGGCUUUGGCUCGAAAGUCUUUCACUUGUAAUUGUCCAGUUAAGCGCCCUCCCACAGUGAGGAAAAAAAUACAAGACACCGAAGAGGCGCUUCUCACAAAACGCACAAAUCUCUUCUCAUUCCCGCAUGUUUGGGUAAAAUGAUGCAAAUAUAUGUGUUGCGCUUUCUGUGGAGUCACGGCUCUUCAUGUAACGAUGCGUCAUGCGCGCUUCAUAGGCUCGAGUUUAGGUAUGUCUGGUCAGUACAUGGCAGAGCUGUGUGUGGUGCAGAGGAGGCAGGAGAUGACUGCUGCCCCCCUCACUUCUUCACUGAGCCUCAGGAGAGUGGAGGGAGAAGGACUGUAUGGGGACUGUACUGCUGCACAGUGAGCGUUUGUUCUCAGCGCUGAUUUGGAAGCAAAAUUGCUACCAGGCAGUUAAACCAUGCAGACUUUGGCUAUUUAGACGGUUUAUUUAUGUUUAGUAAAGCUCUUUCGUGAGUUGCAGUUACAAGUGAUCUGAAACCUGCUAUGGAGGACUUCUUGAGUCAAAAUGAGUCUGAGCACUGACAAUGUCACAAACUUGUGGAAAAAUGGUUCCGCGGAACUCGACGGGACUCUGGGUGCGUCCUCCCCGGUCAACUUCACCAACAGCUCCGGGGGAAACCACACGGAACCCAGCGAGGUGGAUCUCACCCGAGCCAUCCCGCUCGGUUUGGUGCUUGGAGCUUUUAUCGUGUUCGCCAUCGCGGGCAACAUCCUCGUCAUCCUCUCGGUGGUGUGCAACAGGCACCUGCGCACCCCGACAAACUACUUCAUCAUCAACCUGGCCAUCGCCGACCUGCUGCUGAGCACCACGGUGCUGCCGGUGUCCGCCACGCUGGAGAUCCUAGACUACUGGGUGUUCGGCAGGAUCUUCUGUGACAUCUGGGCGGCGGUGGAUGUGCUGUGCUGCACCGCGUCCAUCAUGAGCCUGUGCGUAAUAUCCAUCGACCGCUACAUCGGAGUGAGCUACCCGCUGCAGUACCCGGGCAUCGUGACGGAGAAGCGGGCUCUGCUGGCCAUGCUCGGGGUCUGGGCGCUGUCGGUGGUCAUCUCCAUCGGACCUCUGUUCGGGUGGAAGCAGCCACCGUCGCCGGACGACACGGUGUGCCCCAUCACCGAGGAACCGUUUUACGCGCUCUUCUCCUCCCUCGGCUCCUUCUACAUCCCCCUCGUCGUUAUUCUGGUCAUGUACUGCCGGGUGUACAUAGUCGCCAAACGGACCACUAAGAACCUGGAAGCCGGUGUGAUGCGUGAGAGGAUGAACUCUAGUGAGCUGACCCUCAGGAUCCACAAGGGCUCGCAGGUGCAGGAGGACCCCGGCAGCUCAGGCACCGGCAAGGGUCGCGCACACCAAGCCAGAAGCUCCCUCACGGUGAAACUUCUGAAAUUCUCCCGGGAGAAGAAAGCGGCAAAAACUUUGGGAGUUGUGGUCGGCAUGUUUACGCUCUGCUGGCUGCCCUUCUUUCUCGCCUUACCCAUAGGUUCUUUUAAUGUGAACUUGCGCCUACCUGAUGUCCUCUUCAAAGUGAUCUUCUGGCUGGGCUACUUCAACAGCUGUCUGAAUCCCAUCAUCUACCCCUGCUACAGCCGUGAGUUCAAGCUGGCCUUCAUUCGUAUCCUGAGAUGCCAGUGUCAUCAGCGUAAACGUCCCGGCUGGAGGGCAUACAAUUACCGUUCCUCCAACUUCAGCUCGUCUGGACACUCACGCAAAGGCUCAGCGGAUCACAACUCCAGCUGCUUGAACGGGAGCCAGCGUACCCUGCCCUCCUCAGCCAGUCCAAGCCCCAGCUACCUGAGCAAGGGUCUCCAACCUUGCCCUGAAGGGGAAACAUUAUACAUCUGGGGGGCCACUACCCCGACUCCCUCCACACCCAACCUGCUGCCUGGCAGCCCCGCAGACUGCCAGCUGGGAGCUCUUAGAGGGCAGGUAAGAGGAGGGAAACAAGCUGAAGAGAUGUCUGGCGGUGUCUUCUCUUUCUCCUUUGGGAAGAAUCGAAAUAAGGGCAACCAGGACAACAUGAUGCCUGAUGACAAGGUGUGACUGCUGAGUCUUACUGAGACAUGACUUGUUAGUUCCUUACAGGGAUUAAAGUCACAAACAGAGCGUGGAUGUAGGGUUUCACAGAUUUGCUGCAGUCACUGUACAUGGUCCUGUGAUCAUACGUCAGUCAGUGGAUUUUUAUUGUCAUUAGUGGUCAAUGUGAGGUGAAGAGUACUGACUAUGCUGCUGUAUCAGAAGUAUUUUGUCUAUGUUACUGUAGCUGUGGUUGACAUAGACAGGAAGGAGUUCAAGAGUUCAAGACAAAAUAACUGUUUGCUGUCCUCUUUGGGACUGGAACACCAGUGCAUGCUUUUUGAUUAAACUAAAAAUUAAUUUAAAAAGGAAAAAGGACACAUUUUCACAGCCUUCCCUUCACCCCCUUCAGAUCAAAAUCCAUCUCUGCCCUGUAAAAAGACUGAACAUGACCAAGAACCUGACUUGUGUAAAAUGUGUGAUAAGACAAAUGAUCACCUUUCUGUUGCAGUCACUUGAUAUCUUCAUGGUAUGUUGUGGUAAUAAAAUAUAACCUGGUUUAUCUGCUGUGCGCACAAUCAUCAGAUAUGAUCUUGUCUGUAUGUUUGAUGUUCAAAAAGUUAUGAAUGUCAAUAUUAGAAAUGUGAUCGAAACAUGAAUAAACUUAGAACGUUGUUCAAAUGGUACUUUUGGCAAAACUCUCUCUGUAACUCUACUUACUGGAUGUGAAAAGAAAUGACCAUUAUAUAUUAUCUUAGAUGUCAGUCUGAUGAUCAAUGGAUGUUAUUUGUUUUAAGUUGGGCUGUGUCCUGAGUGAAGAGACGGGCUCAGUAUUGAGUGUCUGAGGUGAAGAGCAAACACUAGGCUGUUACUUAGAAGAACAUUUCCAGUGACAAGAGAUCAGUCUGAGGGUUUAUUGUUUAUGUAGACAGGUCAGCCAUGAGACAUCUAACUGUAUCUGUUCACUUACCUCAUGGUCCACUGACUUCUGGUACAUCCCAGGGAAUUAUUUACUCCUGAUGGCCUUUGUUUUGUCAGUGGAUCAAUACUUGACAUAGACAGAGUCUGCAUGCAGCUCCAUAUGGUGAAGGAACAGAGGGAGUUUUAGAUUAACCAGUGAGACAUGAUCGGCACUGGAGGGAAAGGGAAAGGCAUCCACUUGAAGACCUAAAUGGAUUUAUAUUGAGUGGCUGAUGGUGAUUUCGAUGCUGGACACCUCAGAUAACCACAGCCUGAUUAAUGACAGCAGCAAUUUUGCUUGAUUUCAGAGCACCAUUGUUAAAGUCUGUGUGCUGUGCCUUCUACACAUCCCCAUCUUUGCCAUGAAAGGAAAUCUUUUCAUCUCUGUUACAGUGGCACAUUUCCAAAGCUUUUGGACAUCCACCAAUGCUUUAGUGGUUUUCCUGAUAGUGGCGGACUUCCUGUUUGCUGUGCUGGUGACGCCUUUCAGUUUGGUGCGUUGCAUCGGCAGCUGUCUUCUUCUGCCCGAGCACACUUCUUGCUGGACAUCACCUUCUGUAUGUCCUCCAUGUUUAAUCUCAGCUGCGUGGCACUGGACUGAUCCAUAGGUCCGAAUGUUUCCUAGGCAUGUGGCUCUGCUGGAUUCUGCCUUUGGUCAUCUCCUCCCUUUGCAUCUCCCUCUGCAUGUACACUCAGUUGCCUCUUGCCGUGGCAAGCAGCAGCACUCAGCAGGAUACUCAAAACCUGUCUGGCCACGUUUCAUCUGGCCUUUGCAACCUCUAUCUCCUUCUUCAUUCCCAUGGGUUUCAUGCUGUUUGACUAUGGUAAAAUCUUAAAGGCAGCCCAGGGACAAGCAAGGUGGAUCCAUGCACCAUUGAUUACUAUACUGGGCAGCGUUAGAUGAACCAGUGCCCCUGAGGACUGACUCCACCAGACAAGUCCAGGCUCAUGUGGAAAAACAUUCUCUGAAGAAGGAACAUAGGGCUGUUAAGACACUUCCUGUUCUGUUUUUUUUAUGUUUUAAUACAGCCCAUCCUCUGAAGUCCUACAGCAUCAGCCUCCUGGUUCUGGAGUCCUCCAUGUGGCUUGGAUAUACUAACUCUUCUUUGAACCCUUUCCUCUAUGCUUUAUUCAACAAGAACUACCGUCAUGUAUUUGCAGGCAUGUUAGACUGUGAGCUUUUGGUGAGGCAGUUAAGAGCAGGAUUCCCUACUUUGUGGUAGACAAGCACAAACAGUUGUUAUCAUUAAUUUCACAGUGAGAUUAGUCUGAGUUAGUGUGUUUCCAUCCAAAUGUACUGCAAAGUUGAACUGAGUUUUAAGUAAAUCAGCAAAAGAAAAUGCGAAUGAAUGCUUGUUUCUAACCACUGCUGGUAUGCAAUUAUUUGGAGCUGGUUCAUCAAAAUAAGCAGUAGGUGGUAACAAAUCACCAGUCAGAAGAUACUAGAAGAUAAGUAAUUCAAAUACCACAAGUCAAACCUCAAACAGUAAAACAAUGCAGAAAACACAAUGGAGGGAUAAUAUUUACUUAGUUUCAUAUAGUAAUGUGAGAAAGGUUACAUCAGAUCUUUGUGGAGCGAGUUAAAGGUGGGUUAAAAAUUAAGGAGAAAUCCAAAACCACGAGACCAAGACUGUGAUAUAGUACAAAGAAUGACACAGCAAGUAAUGUAACUAACAU